UGUGCAUCAUUACUGACACGUAGAUGAACACUUUACAGUUUGUUAAGUCAUUCCCUUCAAAUGCUAUUGGCCCCUUAAUUUCUGCAGAAAUUAGCCCCAAAUUAAGCAAACGGCGCAACAUUCGGAGGAGCUUGUGAUAUUUUUCAAAAUUACCACAGAUUUACAGCAGAUUUGGGCCAAGACACAGUAGGCGACGUCAUCACAAUGCACAUUCAGCCAAAGCCCUCUUCUGUUCAUGCACAUCGAACACGGGUACAGCUAAUUUACCAACAAACGUCACUGCAAAAGUUGCAAAUUUGCCCAUUCAAGUAGUUUUCUCCAAAAAAAAAAACCCUCAGCAAAUUCUUUAAAAAAGCUGCAGCAAAAUCAACCAUUUUUGGCCACAACAAUCACAAAAAACAGCAAAAUCCUAGUAUUUUUAAAAAUUCAGUUGUUCUUAAGUGCCAAUUUUGAAUACAAGCCACUGAGCGUCUCUCACAGGUAUAACUAGUUGUGGAAAAAAUUAUAGAGAAACUCUUUGGGUAUUCUUUAUCUAAGCUUACUCAAUUAAAAGUAGACGUAUGGAGGCAGGAAAGGAAGUGAUUCAAAGUGGAAAAUAAUCUACAUUUAAACAUACUUAAGUAAAGGGUAUAAAGUAAAUAUUUUUAACUGUUAGAGAGUGUGAUCCUACAUGACUAAGUAGUUUGCUACUAGUUUGAUAGUAACUCUAUUGAAAAAAAAACAUCUUACUAAGGAGUAAAAAUAAUUUUUUAUAGUAGAAAAAGUGCUCAAUUUCACUUGAACUCAAUUAAAAGUUGAGUAAAGUACAAAUUUCUAAAUAAAUACUUAAAUGUCGUAAUGAAGUACAAUUACUCAAGUAUUUUUCCACUCCUGAGUAAAACCGACCUGAUACAGACCCGAUGACCUGGGGGAAACACUGAAAACACACGCAAACAUACAUAAACCUACAGAAAUCCUCCAUAACCUAAUCCACAACAACAAACUCUGAGUUGUUAUUUAUGAGAGAUGUCAUUGCAUUUCCAAUAGUUUAGAGCAAAAACUGAUGUGUGUAACUUCAUAACACACACGACUUACAUAAGAGCUGUACAGUAUAAAACUCACAAUAGUUGUUGUAUAUGUUUUCCUCAUAAUCUUGCUGUGAACCUCCACAGAGGUGGGGGAUAACAUGUUUCAUGCUGAUAAGCAUGGCCCUUCCCUGCCCUGCUCAUAACUGUGCGGUGAAGAUGUAGCAUCAGUCGAUGCAUUUGUAAUAACUUAAUAUGAAUGUAGCAGAAGCCAAAAUGGAUUCAGAACAAAGAGACAUUGCUGGUUUGAUAGCUAAGUUUAUCGCUGCAGCUUCAGACUCGGAUAAUACCUGUGAGGUGUUGAUGGCAGGAAGACAGUAUCCGUCCAUUCAGGAGUUUGCCUCUGCCAUCCCUAACCACCUGCUCCUGGGGUCUCUGCUCGAGCACUUGUGCUUUGUGUAUGAGAGAGACCCUGCACAAUCCCGCAUGUUGUUUAAGUUGAUUGGUCAGCGAUUAGCUGCAAUGAACCUCCUCUCUCCCCUGGCCAUCAGUGAUGAGUUCAGCACAGUGAGACUGCAGCACAGUCGGGCCUUUGCUGAGCUCCUGAGUGCAGCCAGCUCAUCACUGUUUCCUCAGGAUCAAAAAUACCUAAAUUCUGAUGGCCAAAACCCUGUGCUAAGAACAAAAGAUGGUCUUUUCCAAACCUCUCGCUACCUCAGUGAAUUUGAGGAAAUCUCACCACUAGGCAGAGGAUCAUACGGAAAAGUCUUUAAGGUGAAAAACAAGUUGGAUGGACAGAAUUACGCUGUAAAAAAGAUCCUGAUCAAGAAUGUGACGAGGAACGACUGUAUGAAGGUCUUACGGGAGGUUAAAGUUCUGUCCAGUCUUCAGCAUCUGAACAUUGUUGGAUAUCACACUGCAUGGAUGGAGCAUGUGCAGCCUGCUGUGAAGAAUUGUACACCUACUUUUUUGCCUGCCAUAUCAGCUUUAGAAACACCAUCACAAACAGAAAGACUUGUUGAGGAUAGCAAAAGUAGCACCAGUGGAUCAUUCAUUGUUUUUGAAAACGCUGAACAUUCAAAGGACAGAAAAGGACAAUCUACAAACGUGCUAAAGAAUAGCUCAAAUAAUAUUCUAAGAUCUACAAUGGUAAAAGAGCAGAGGAGUCAGGUUCUGUCCACAAAAAAUAUGAACAACGCACAGAACUUUGUCCCAUGUGUGUUCCUGGGAGAGCCGCGCUCUUUUGGCGAGACCUGCCCCGCACUUCGGUGGGAAAGUUCAACACUGUCAGAUGAGUCAUAUGUUGAUAUGAGCAGUCAGAAGUGGGCUGAAAAACAUCCAAAGGAGGUUCAGUUCCACUUAAUGCUUUACAUCCAAAUGCAGCUCUGUGAGCGUUCAUUGAAAGACUGGAUUCAGGAAAGGAACUCUACACCGAAGCUAGAACUCACAAUGUCAACAGGUUCCUUUCAAUCAUUUGACUCUCGACAAGCAUCUGAUAUCUUAAAGAAAAUACUUGAAGGGGUGGAGUAUAUUCACUCCUGUGGAAUUAUGCACAGAGACCUUAAGCCUAGGAAUAUUUUUCUGCAUGGGCAUGAGUGCCAUGUAAAAAUAGGUGACUUUGGAUUGGCUUGUACGGAUAUUGUGAUGAAUGAAAACGAACAGCCACCAUCCAGUUCUCAUAUCAGUGGAAACGCAGAGUUCUCUCACACUAGGGGAGUGGGCACAUUUGUUUAUGCUUCUCCAGAACAACUGCAAGGCUCUUCUUAUGACUUAAAGUCAGAUAUGUAUAGUGUAGGUGUGAUCGCCGUCGAGUUGUUCCACCCAUUUGGGACAGAGAUGGAACGUGUGCAAACACUCGGAGACCUGAGAAAUGGGAAGGUUCCAGAGGACCUGUAUAAGACCUGGCCAGUCCUGACCGAGCAAAUUAAGCUGCUGACCAGCCUGGACCCCUCACUGCGACCAAGUGCAUCCCAACUACUGCAAAAUGACUUCUUUAACAACAAAGACACGGUAAUCUACACUUUACAACAGAGGAUUUCUGAGCAAGAAGAGGAAAUCAUUCAACUAAGAAGACAGAUCAGUGAGCUACAAACCUCACAAAAUGGACCAGAGAAUGCAUCACUAUAAUAACUACUGACUGUUCUCUACCAAGUGAGGCUUUGACAUAAUGUGUAUAGCUUUCCUUUAUUUAUUUUUGUGACAUAUUCCUAUGUAUGAAGCCAACUUUGCUAGGGUGUAUAAAGACAAAUAAAUUAAUAGAUAAACAUUCAGAAGAAUAUUAGACAGGCUCAGAAACAUGUUGAUAUCUGGGCACAAUGUCAUGUUUUUCUUUUGUUUAUAAAUCACUAAAGCAUUUUACAUUUCUGCAAUGGA